AUGUUAUCCAACGAUCGUCAACAUUUUGUAAAGCUUGUUAGAAAUCCUUAAAUAAAUGCAAUUUAAUAGUUAACAUAAUUAGUUACUUAAGCUAGUCGAACAAAAAGCACACUUCAUCCAUCUUCUAAAAGAAUUGCAGAAGUAUAAAAAUGUGAGAAAACUGAUAAAUAAGAAAAAGUUAUUCACACUACAAGAGAAAUUAAUUCAUAAUAAUCGAUUAGAAAUUAUUUCGAUAAUUCCACUUGUAAAAACAAUAAAGAGAAUUAACCAUCAAAAAAACUUACAUAUUAAGAUAAUCGAUCAUAAACUCCUAUAGCUUAAAAGAAUCCAAUUGUAAUUAAUACUCGAGGUAGAGGUUCUGUAAGUCCAUUAAGAUGUAUUUAAUAAAAUUAGACAUCGAAAAGCUAAAAUAAAUCAGCAUUUAAAUAGCCGGAAGAUCCUUAAAUUAUGGAUAUGGUAGAUAAUCUAAAAUAAAAUAUUUUGAGGGAUUUAUAAGAAGCCACUAAAAGAUAUUAAUCUCAUAAUCCUAAGCCUAUUGAAAUGCUCUAAAAAUAGAAUGAGAAGAUCAAGCAUUUAUUAGAUUAUAAGGAACCAUAAAUAAAAGCCCCUUAUUUUGACUAUUCAAGUCAAAAGAGCAUUAAAAAACCAGAAAUAUUCAACAAUAAUGAUGAAAGUUCUUAAAAUAAAUAAUAAUUUCUAGAAGAAUAAUCAUAAAUUUUAUAAUAACAGUUGGAAAUUAUAAAGUAAUAAUAAGAAGCUUUAAGAUAAUAAUAAAUAUCAGUCUUAAACAGCAAAUCUAAUUUAAAUAGUUUUUAUAAUCAAAUGAGAUAAUAACAGAAUGAGAGUAUUGAAGAUAUAUAUGGUAAAUCUUAAUUUACGAUAAGCAAUUUAUCAUCUAUUAUACCAAUAGAAAUAUCUACAAAUCAAAAUAAGAAGAUUAAUGUAUCUUUUGAAAGCAGUUUGGAACAAAAUCAAAUUAAUAUGUAAUUAGAAAUAGCAUAAGGAAAUGAUUGUAGAACAACUUUUGGACCAUCUUAAUUGGAAUCUUUUAUAAAAUCACCAACAUUAGUCGAACCAGAACUAUUCAGUGAAUAAUAAGUUAUGAAAGAAACAGUUAAAUAUGUUCAAUUAGAUAACAGUUAAGGAAAGAUUUCAUCAGCUAAAAGAUAUAGUAAUGAUGAGUAAGAAAUAGUUAAAUAGUAGGAACUUAUUGAUUAAGUUCCUCCACUUACAGCUUUCUCUAAUAAAUCUAAUAGAUAUGACUAAUUAAUGCAAAACUUUUAAAGUUUACGAAAAUUAAGUAGAGAACCUAGUUUUGUAAUAGAAACAAAAAAAUCAGUUUAAAUGAAUGAUUUAAAUCAUAUUAGUGAUUUUGCCAUUAUGGGAAGUUAAAGAGAGAGCAUUGCAUUGUGUCAAACUAAAUUAAUUACUUUUUAAGAGGUAAACAAUAGUUAAGAUGAAUGUGUACAAUCUCCAACUUCUUCUUUUUAAGUUAAGCAAUAAGUUUUAACUUUUGAAUAAGAGCUUGAUUAAAAAUCCUUAUAUUCAAAUCAGUCUUAAUAUGAUUAAAGAUCGAUAUAAUAAUUAUUACAAAAAUCUAGUUUAACUUAAUAACAGGCAUCUUCUUUUUAAAAAUAAUCUAUAUCAAUAUAAUAAAGUACAGAAUAGACAAACAGAAUACUAGAUAGUAUCAGGUCUAACGAAAGUUUAAAAUAAAGAACUGCCAGUUUUACAGAAUUUUUAAAAGUAAAAGAUGAAUUACCAAUCAAAAUUACUAAUGUUUAGAAAUUAUCUAUCAGACCAGGAAUAAGUAAUAACUUAUAAAUAAUAUAGGUUUCCUCCAAUAUAAAUAAUAAAAUAAAUAUUGA